AAUCCAAAUAAAUCCCAAUAGGUUUCAUCAUUUCUCAGUUGUGACAUUGUUAUCUAAUAGCUUAACAUAGUACUAUAUAUCCUGAUCAGUCAUUCAUUGCAUGUAAAAUAGUAUGGGAUCGCGUGGGUAUUUCUUUGUUCUUCUCCAUGCUUUUGUGUUUGUGAGUCUUGCAACCUCAGUUUUCUCACAAUUGACACCAAAUUACUAUGACUACUCGUGCCCCAAUGCUUUGAGCACCAUCAAAAGUGUCGUGGAGGCUGCAGUGCAGAAAGAGUACCGUAUGGGUGCAUCCUUGCUACGCUUGCACUUCCAUGAUUGCUUUGUCAAUGGUUGUGAUGGUUCAAUUCUACUGGACCCUUCACCCACCAUUGACAGCGAAAAGAAUUCAAGAGCUAAUUUCCAAUCAGCUAGAGGGUUUGAAGUGGUGGAUGAGAUAAAGGGGGCAGUGGAUGAAGCAUGUGGAAAACCAGUUGUUUCUUGCGCUGAUAUAUUGGCUGUAGCAGCUCGUGACUCUGUCGUUGCGUUAGGGGGGCCAACAUGGGAUGUGCCACUGGGGAGAAGAGACUCUACCACAGCAAGUCGUGAUGCAGCAGAUGCAAGCAUUCCAGCAGCAUUUUUUAACCUCUCUCAACUCAUCACCAACUUCAAGAACCAUGGUCUCGAUGAGAAGGACCUUGUUGUCCUUUCAGGAGGCCACAGUAUUGGAUAUGCACAAUGUGUUGCAUUCAGGGACCGUAUCUACAAUGACUCCAACAUCGAUCCCAACUUUGCACAAGACCUUAAAUACAUUUGCCCAAGAACUGGUGGUGACACCAACCUUUCUCCUUUGGACCAAACAGCCGCGAAAUUUGACAUCCAGUAUUUCUCUGGUUUGGUUCAAAAGAAUGGGCUUCUUCACUCUGAUCAAGAACUCUUCAAUGGUGGUUGUACUGAUGAACUUGUCAAAGAGUACAGCUACGAUUCCGACGAUUUCUUCGUGGAUUUCGGGAAUUCGAUGAUUAAGAUGGGGAAUAUUCAGCCCCUUACUGGGAAUCAAGGUGAAAUUCGCGUCAAUUGCAGGAAAGUGAACUGAUUAUUAAGAAAAACAAUUAAGUGAAGUUUAUACUCAUACAUAUACCAGUAGAAAUCUGGAGGGUAAAAGUCGUUGUGCAUUUUAUAAAUGUAUGUAAUAGUUUGAUAAUUUAGGUUAUCCAUAAGGGUUCAUAAACUAUUUCGUGUGAAGUGAAUGGAAUAAAGAAGUCAGUUGCAUGCUCAAAAAUGGGAUUCUUAAUUUUGGAAGGGACGCGAUGUUUUUGGCCAAGGUAGAGAGGCUUGAUUUCCCUUUAUGCCUU